AUGUUCGUGCUGCAGUCCCUACCCUGCAGAAGCUGCUCCUGUGCAUCAGCAGCAGCAGCAACAGCAGCAGCAACAGCAGCAGCAAGUGCAGCAGCAGCAGCAGGUGGUCUGCCUGAGCAGCCGACUUUCUUUCAAUAUGUGAACGCGGGAGUCUCUACACAGCCGCCACUGCAGCAGCAGCAGCUGCAGCCGCGGCUGCAGCAGCAGCAGCUGCUGCUGCCGCUGCUGGGGCUUCCGUUUGCUGCUGCAGCUCGCCGGCUGCUGCGGCACCGCGUGUCGCAGUCAGCAGCAGAAGCUGCUGCAGCAGACAACCCUGCGCUGUACAGACACUGGCCCCACCUGCUGCUGUACGCCCCCCCGCUCCCCGCCGGCGCAGCAGCCAGCAGCAGCAGCAGCAGCAGCAGCAGCAGGCGGGACCAGCCGCCGGAGGUGCUGGCAGCAGCAGAAGAGCAGCUGCUGCUGCGCGGCAGCUGGGCGGGGAGGCCCCUGGCGGACACUCCAGCAGCAAAUUUAAAGCCCCAAAAUAAAAACGCAUGCAAAGAUUUAAUUCAUCUUUUGAUGCUGCAGGAGGUGAAGAAGCUGCAGAAGGAGAGGACCUUCAGACUGCCGCAUUUUGGCCCUGGAGAUUUAGUCGAAGUGCAAUACGAGUUAAGUCGCUCGCAGCAAACCGUCGCCACUUUUCAGGGGUACGUGGUGAGCGUGCGGCAGCGGUCUUUGAACUCUUCGGUGGUGCUUCGAAAUGGAGUUAAAGGAGUUGCUGUGGAGCAGCGGAUUCCUCUGUUCUCCCCGCGGCUGCUGUCUUUCAAGGUGCUGCGCAGCGCAAGCAGCCCCAGCCAGGCCUUCGUGGCUUCGCCGCCGCCGCCGCCCACGAGAGACUACAGGUACAAGUGGAAGUACAAUGUGCGUGGGAAGUAUGAGCGGCGGCGUGGGACGCACAAACCUGGCGUGCGGACUGUGGAGCACCGGCUGCGGUCCCGCGUGUCUUCGCUGCUGCACCGCUACAUGCGGCAGCGGCUUGCUGCUAAUCUGCCGCCUUAUGUUUGGGGGGGCCCUUACCCCCGCCUGCGGGAGAAAAGGACAAAAGAGAUCCGCGGCGAACUCUACAGGAGAAUGCUCGUCUACUCCUUCGAUGAACAGCGGCGGAGACAGGAGCGGCUACGCAAACGUCGGGAGAGCCACAAGUUUGGGGUGUACAAGCUGAGGAGACAACGCGCGACCGCCCUGGAGGUUCUGCCGCCAGACCAUCCGCUGCAUCCGUCUAAAGACCCCCCCCUGACCUGA